CUCUUUGGUCGCAGUACUGUAAGCUGUAAGUUUCCUAAUGUCAUUUCUUAAUAUUUUUACCGCCAAUUCUUCUAAUGUGGGGUGUACAUAACUCUGAAUUUGAAUUAAUUGGAACAUAUUUUAUUUAAUUCAACACAUUUACAUUAUUAAAUAUUUAGUUUGAAUAAGUGUAAUUUGGUGAUUGUUUUAAAAAAUGGUUUUUACGGUUGUAAAUAGCAGCAAUGGUAUUCAGGACACUACCAGUAAACAUGAUGAGUAUCAGUAUUUAAACAUAGUGAAACAAAUUAUUGACACAGGCGACAAAAGGAUCGAUAGAACGCAAGUGGGCACCUUAUCAAUAUUUGGAGCUAUGCAAAGAUAUUCUCUUCAGAAUAAUACAUUACCACUUCUCACUACCAAAAGAGUGUUUACCAGAGGCGUUAUUGAAGAGUUGCUGUGGAUGAUUUCUGGAUCUACUGAUGCUAAAACACUUUCCGCAAAAGGAGUCCAUAUCUGGGACGCCAAUGGAUCUCGUAGUUUCUUAGAUAACUUGGGAUUUACUAAUCGAGAAGAAGGUGAUCUGGGUCCAGUUUAUGGGUUUCAAUGGAGACAUAGUGGUGCCAAAUAUAUUGAUGCGAAGACCGACUAUACUGGUCAGGGCAUUGAUCAGUUGCAGAAUAUAAUAGACACCAUUAAGAAGAACCCUGCUGAUAGGAGAAUGAUAAUGUGUGCAUGGAAUCCUUCAGACCUUGGGUUAAUGGCUCUACCACCAUGCCAUUGUCUGGCUCAAUUCUAUGUGGCCAGUGGAAAAUUAUCUUGCCAGCUAUAUCAAAGAAGUGCUGACAUGGGCUUAGGAGUGCCAUUCAAUAUAGCCAGCUAUUCCUUAUUAACACAUAUGAUUGCACACAUCACUGGCUUGGAGGCUGGUGAAUUUGUACAUACAACGGGGGACACUCAUAUUUAUCUUAACCACAUUGAACCAUUAAAAAUCCAACUACAAAGAGUACCAAAACCAUUUCCAACUCUGGAGUUUGCUCGUAAAGUUGAAUCUAUAGACGACUUUAAGUAUGAAGAUUUCAUCAUAAAAGGUUACCAGCCACAUCCUAAAAUUGAUAUGGAAAUGGCUGUAUGAAUGGAGAAAAAUAUAAAGUAAUAUGUAUAAUUAUACUUGAAAUAUGUAAUAUUGAGAAUGAUAAAAAAUAUAUUAUUGAUUUGUGGUACAAUGUAAUCUUGUGAUAUUUAAGCCUCUUAUUGUGCCUUUUUUUUAUUGUGGAUGUGGAUUUUGCAUCACGCGUUUUCUAGUAUUAAAUUUAGUUAUAGAUUUAAUGAUAAAUUCAGUAAUAAAAUUUUGUAGACCACA